UGGGAUUUAACCAUGCAUGGAUGUUGUGUGUGUCUUAGUCACAGACUUACCGUUGGCUUUGAGCAGAGUGAUUACGGCACGGUUACUGGUUUCUCGGGCAUCACGACAGGAUGAAAGAGAGGGAGCUUUGGACUGUCCUUCUGUUUGGAUCCUCGCUUAAACGCUUCCUUAGAAUGUGUGUGCUGCUGCAGUCUCGUUGUUAGUCAAAAUGCCAAAAUACAAGGUGACUGUGUACACACACAACAUCGCAACUGGCACCACGAUGAACAACAUCUUCAUCAAGCUGGUUGGCGAAAAAGGAGAGAGUAAGCGCACGUGGCUCACUAGCUUGAAGGGACUCUUCUAUCAAGACACAGGGUCUCGUGAAUUCGACGUGGUGUGCCCCUUUUCACUCGGCAAGCUGGUGCUGAUAGAGCUGGACAAACAGCCCCUCCCACUCUUCCCCCUGGAUGCCUGGUUCCCAUCCAAGGUUGUCGUGACGACGCCAGAGAGAGGCACAUGCCAGUUCCCUAUCUACUGUUGGAUUCUGGACAAGGAGGUGCACCUGUUCAGAGAGGGCACAGCUAAAAGGCUCUGUGAUGAAACUAAUCAUCUUGCCAGGUACAGCAGGGAACUGGAGAUGAAGACGAGAACUGAGCUGUACUGCUGGGAUACCUACAAGGAGGGUUUCCCCGGCAGCAUGAAGGCAGACAACCCUCUGGAUCUUCCCAGCGAGAUCCAAUUCUCGUUCACCAAGGCCACCCAGUUCCUCUUCACCGCCGCCACCGGGAUCACUGAGCUGAAACUAAUGGGGUAUUCUGACAGCAAGAAGAGCUGGAAAAACAUUGAUGAAAUCAGCAAUGUCUGCCUCAAUAGAACUGUCAUCUCAGACUACGCACAGGAGCACUGGAAGGAAGACGAGUUUUUCGGGUACCAGUAUCUGAACGGCUGCAACCCCAUGUUGAUCCGUCGCUGCUCGGAGUUGCCGGCAAAUUUCCCCGUCACAGGAGACAUGGUCAAGCCCUCUCUUCGUGGAUCGUCCAGCCUCCUAAAGGAAUUGCAGAGCGGCAACAUAUUCCUGCUUGACUACAAGAACCUGGAUGGAUUAAAGGCAAAUGUGAUCAAUACGAAAAAACAGUACAUGGUGGCUCCUCUGGUUCUGCUCUACAGAACCCCUGAUGACAAGCUGGUUCCCAUCGCCAUCCAGCUGAAGCAGAAGCCUGCUAAAGACAACCCCAUCUUCCUUCCUACUGACUCUGAGUAUGACUGGCUCCUGGCCAAGAUCUUUGUGAGGAGCGCUGACUUUCAAGAGCACCAGCUCAACGUCCACCUGCUGCGCACUCACCUCCUGGCUGAGGUGUUCGCUGUAGCACUGCUGCGCAACAUGCCCAUGGUGCACCCCCUCUACAAGCUUCUGAUUCCACACACCCGCUACUCCCUCCAGAUCAACCUCUUGGCCCGGGCAUUUCUAAUAGCUGAUGAAGGAGUUUUCACUCAGUUUGCUGCUUCGGGCGGAGAGGCGAUGAAUGAGAUCCUGAGGAGAUCUGUGGCCUCAUUGACCUACAGCUCCCUCUGUAUGCCGGAAGACAUCACUGCACGAGGUCUGGAGUCAGUCCCCAACAACUACUACAGGGAUGAUGGACUCAAGCUGUGGGACAUCAUCCACAGGUUUGUAGAGGGAGUGAUUGGUUUCUAUUACAAGAGUGACUCAGAGGUCCGGGAAGACCAGGAACUACAGAACUGGAUCAAGGAUAUCUUUGACCAUGGCUUCCUGGCCCAAGAAUGCACAGGAAUCCCUCAGUCUUUCUCCACUGUGCCAGAGGUCGUCAAGUUUGUCACCGUGGUGAUCUUCACCUGCUCAGGCCAGCAUUCUGCUGUCAACUCUGGACAGUAUGACUAUGGUGGCUGGAUGCCCAACACCCCCAUCUCCCUGCAACAGCCACCUCCCACCACUAAGGGGCAGUCUACUGAGAGCACCAUGCUGAAGACCUUCCCCGAUGUCGGCACAACAGCACAGGGCAUGUCCACUAUGUGGCUCCUUAGCAAGCAAUCCACUGACUUUGUGACCCUUGGCCAGUACCCAGAGGAGCACUUCAACGAGAUUCCACCCUGCAGGAUGAUUCAGAAAUUCCAGACGGAUCUGAAGGUCUUCAGCGAGACCGUCAAGGCCAGGAACUCUGGACUACCAGUGCCAUACACCUACAUGGACCCUGCUUUGGUGGAGAACAGCGUGGCGAUUUAGAUAAGCCAAGGGCCUAGACCAGGGUCCAGUUCAUUAGGCACUAAUUGGAAGAAAACUGAGGACCUACCUGGACUUUUCCAGUUAGGUUUAUUUUUGUUGUACUUUGUGCAGCCUUUUAAAAUGUUUUCCAUUGAGUGCCCUGAUGAACAUGACCCAAUGAUUCUGGAGGCAUGCGCUAGUAAACAUGCUUCAAUCUAUUAAAUGUUUUAUUGAGCAUGAUCAUUUUUGGGGCUUCAAUAAACAAAUAUCUUAAUUCAAUCAGAUAAAGGGAAAUCACACUGUGGGUUCAGUCAGAAUGUUAUCGCUGUAUCAGAAGUGUUAACUGUGUUAAACCAACACACACCGCCACAUGGUGUCCCUCACACAGACUAAGAACACUUGUUGAUGUUAUUAUUACCUUUGUACGUGUUAAUGGAUGUUAAGAAAUACAGGGUCUUUCUGACAAUUCAUUUCUGGUGCCAUAUAACUACGGACUACAGGGACUCCUGGUGAAAAUGAGUUCUCCUGCUAAAUGAUGUGACACUGAAAUGUUGAUGAACAGUAAACAAGUGUCAGAAUAAUAUGAGAGAACAAUAGGUGUGACUCAUUUACAAUUAAAAGCUAAUAAUUUGUAUCUCUAGUCUUCUUGUGAUAUUUGCCACAUCUCAUUUUGGUUGAUGCCCUGUCUACCUCAUGUAUUAAUUAAAAAAUAAAUGUAUAAAAUGAA